UUGGUGAGAAAUUAACUGUCUCCCUUCUCGUGUCUCUCUUGGGGCGCGUGUGGUGUGCCGAGCUGCGGCAGAAGCUCUCUGUCCUGGGCCAGGACCGUUCCCUACCAAACCAUGAAUAAUUGCAUCCUCCUGGAGGAGCAGCUGAUCAAGAAGUCCCAGCAGAAAAGAAGAACAUCUCCCUCCAACUACAAAGUGCGCUUCUUCGUCUUAACCAAGUCCAAGCUGGCUUACUUCGAGCAUCGCCAUGGGAAAAAGAGGACGUUGAAGGGGUCGAUUGAACUGUCCAGAAUCAAGUGUGUGGAAAUUGUGAAAAGUGACAUUAUCAUCCCCUGCCACUAUAAGUACCCUUUCCAGAUUGUUCACGACAACUACCUGCUGUACGUGUUUGCCCCGAACAGAGAGAGCCGCCAGAGAUGGGUCUUUACUCUGAAAGAAGAAACCAGGAACAACAACAACUUGGUGCCGAAGUAUCAUCCCAACUUUUGGAUAAAUGGGAAAUGGAGAUGCUGUGCGCAGACAGAAAAGCUGGCAGCUGGCUGCAUCAUAUACGACCCCACUAAGAAUGCUUCCAAGAAGCCUCUCCCUCCUACCCCUGAAGACAACCGGAGGUUAUUGCUAGACCCCAAGGAAGCUUUAAUGAUGGCCAUCUAUGACUACAUGGCCCAAAAUCCCCGGGAGCUGACGUUACAGCGCAACGAAGAGUACUACAUCAUUGACAACUCGGAGGAGCGCUGGUGGAUGGUUCAGGAUAAGAAUGGGCAUGAAGGCUAUGUACCAAGCAGUUACCUGGUAGAAAAAUCACCAGACAACCUUCAGAUAUAUGAAUGGUACAAUAAGAACAUCAACAGAAACCAAGCAGAAGCGCUGCUGAGGCAGGAGGGUAAGGAAGGUGCCUUCAUGGUGGUAGAUUCAAGGCAGCCCGGCAUGUACACGGUCUCCAUUUUCACCAAAGCAUUAAGCAAUGAAAACAGUCCCGUGAUAAAGCAUUAUCACAUCUACGAGACAAGCGAUGUCCCCAAGCGGUAUUACUUGGCAGAGGGGCACAUGUUCAACUCUAUCCCUAAACUUAUCAACUACCAUCAGCACAACGCGGGAGGUCUUGUCACUCGCCUGAGGUAUCCGGUUUGUUCCUGGAGAGAAAAGGCCCCUGUCACUGCAGGUUUGAGCUAUGGAAAAUGGGUCAUAAAUCCUUAUGAGCUCACAUUCAUUCAGGAGAUCGGCAGCGGCCAGUUUGGGGUGGUCCAUCUGGGCUACUGGAUUGGGAAGACUAAAGUAGCCAUCAAGACCAUUCGUGAAGGAGCAAUGUCGGAAGAGGACUUCAUCGAGGAGGCACAGGUCACCAUGAAACUGUCUCAUCCCAAGCUGGUGCAGCUGUUCGGGGUGUGCAUGGAGCAGGCCCCCAUGUGCCUGGUGUUCGAGUUCAUGGAGCACGGCAGUCUGUCCAUUUACCUCCGGACCCAGCGAGGCAGCUUCUCCAAGGAGACUCUCCUGGGCAUGUGCCAAGACGUGUGUGAAGGGAUGGCUUAUCUGGAGGAGAACCAUGUCAUUCACAGGGACCUGGCAGCUCGAAAUUGCUUGGUAGGAGAAUCCCAAGUGGUCAAAGUGUCAGAUUUUGGGAUGUCAAGGUACGUCCUCGAUGACCAGUACACCAGCUCUACCGGCACCAAAUUCCCUGUCAAGUGGUCCGCCCCAGAAGUCUUCUCCUACUCCAACUACAGCACCAAGUCGGACGUGUGGUCGUUUGGAGUGCUCAUGUGGGAGGUCUUCAGCGAAGGCAAAAUCCCUUACGAGAACCGGAGCAAUGCGGAGGUGGUGGAGGAAAUCAAUGCUGGGUUCCGGCUAUACAAGCCCAAGCUGGCUUCCAAGGUCAUUUAUGAGCUGAUGAAUUGCUGCUGGAGGAUGAGCAAAGAAGACCGGCCCCGCUUCUCCACCCUGCUCUACCAGCUGAGUGAAAUCUCUGAACUCGACCUGUGAUCAGCGCACUGGCCCAUUGAAUGGGGCUGACAAGAAACCUGAGAGAGCAGACUACAAAGUUUUCCCUUCAUAAAGCAUUAGCACAAGCCCUCCCACCAGAAGCACUGAUGACAGACAGGGGGAGGCAGGCAUCUGUACUUCUAGCCAAGCCAGGCAUCUUCAAGAGCUCAGGGUUGCGAAGACAAAUGCAAUUGCUUGGGUUGGGGAGCAUAUGCUUACGGAUCUCACAAACAGGCCCAGCUACAUAGCAGAGAUCCUAUAGAGACAGCUUAUCUGCUCAGUUUUUCACAAAGACAGCAACUACGGGUGCAUGUUCUCAGACAAGGUAUCUGGCUACAACCCUGGAAACUCUCUAAUGGAAGGAAACCUUUCGCUAGCCCUGUCAAGUCUCUCUGCAUUGAGAAGCAUUCAGGUUCUUCCAUAUUCACCAUAAGUCACAGCCAGUCUGGAGCUUCGUCUUCUCGCAAGGCAGAAAUGGAUGAUCUGAAAUGAGACCUAUAUGAAGGGACAGGAGUCCUGGCUAGGUGUAGCUAUUAAGACUGUUUUGCCUUCUCUUACAAUAAUUUCCUCUGAAGUGUAGCAAGAAACCCUUUUAUCUCCCCAACACCUCUAAUGUGA